UACACUAGAAGCCAUAAUGUACAGAUAUACCGCGGGCACACCAUGCCCUGCGCCACCGAACGCAUCAUAUCCAAGCAGUCGUUAUUAUGAUUAUGGGCAUCCUUCGCCUGCUUACGCGCCCAAUUACAUGGAGGAUGGCACGACUGCAAACAUUGAAUACACGACCGGAAUACAAGCGAAACCGCGUAAUGUCAAGCCACGGCGACCAACGCGCGCAGCGCGCCCAGCCGCAUUCAACCCUGGGUUGGACAUCUUUGAAGAUGUCGCGCACGAAGAGGAGCAACAACAACAUCACGCAGCGGUGGAGACCAGGAGAAGGAGUCGCGCAACAGUCAUGCCUGAGGGUGCAAAAUUGAAGAAGAGCAGCUUACUUGCGCAACCUGCACAGAAGAUCCCAAGGGCUGCACCAUCAGUCCAAGAGCCGCAAGUGCUGCGGUCGCAGCGCAAACGCGUCUCGCAAGUUUUGAUGGAUAGGGAGUCGCCAAACGUAAACACCACAAUAAAGCUGCAGGAGGACAUUUUGGAGAGGAAAGAGCUGAAGAAGCAGGGGCCCAAGAAGGACCCACGACGAAGGACCAUCUACGUACCCUCAGACGACACAACAUACCUGACGAUCCACCCUGGGCAGUCAGUGCAUGAACCGCGCAAGGCUCGAGAGACAUCGCCGGACAUUGGGCUGGACCUGGUCACGGUAUCAGAUGAAGACAACACAAGCUUGGUCUCGGCGCUCAAGAAGGACAAGCAGGUCUCACGAAAGUCGCUGGCUGCACCACCAAAGCGAGGCCCUCUGAGCACGAGUUCGCGAUCACUCCAGAGUGUCUCGUUCUCGAGCGACAUAGCAGGUUCUGGAGAUGGGAAGGAGAAUGUGCCCCCGGGCACGGCCACCAUUGAAAAGAAGAGCACAGGGACACACAUCGAGAUCAACUUCCCCAAGGCAUUGACAAAGAGCACUUCUGUGGUUGAAGCGCCCAAGGUCCGGAUCAAGUCUUCAAAGAGCUCUGAAGUGACAUCAUCAGUGAGGUCUGAGGCCAGAUCUCGAGCAAAGUCUGACGUACGAGCACGACCAGACGGGUCGCAGAAGCGGUUGCGUGAGCAAGCCAGCUGCGAGCGCGUACCAACCAAGUCAAUCAAAGCCCGAGCAGACGGAACGGCUUCCACAACCAGCAGUCUUGCUGCACACAAGGCUGCUCUCAAGGAACACAAUGCAGCUAUCAAGAAUGCAAAGCCCAAAAUCUCGAGAACGCGACCUGUCCAACAAGCUUCUUCCUCGCCAUUUCACACCGACAAGACUCCGCCAGCUGCAUUGCGCCGCCAAAGAGCAGAACGGGUGCCCGCCAACAUCCAGAUGAUGCAUGUUGUUGGAAAGCCGCAGCAGCAGUCGCGGGAGAAGUACCCCGUUCUUGAGGAGGAUAUCGCACGGCCGGAGAUGUACGAAGACAAUUGGCUCACAUACCAGGAGGUUGCCAUUACGCAACUCUUGAACUCUAUGUUCGAGUCCGCCAACACGAACCCAAAUGAUGAGCAAAAUCCAGAGGAGCUAAGGAAGAGGAUGCUGGCGCUGUACCAUGAGCCACUAAUGCCUCCUCUACAUAAGCGUUUGCAAGCUUCCCUCCAGUUUGGCGCGCUGAGCAUACCGAAGGAUCUUUUGACCCAGACCUUGAGGCUCAAAGACGACGUUGGCAUGAGGAAAAGGUUUUUGACACUUUGGACCAAGACUUACGAUCUCAACGCAUUGCGAGCAGCAGUCGAGACGAUUGUGGGACGUCAAAUCACCACUCCAUCGCGGCUAUCGACCGACUCAACGUUUUCCGACGACGGCUCGCGCAUGUUCCGUGCCGAACGGCGAGCUAUUGAGCACUUCCUGGAUGCUUUCCUGAUCAAAAAUGAAGACGCUGUUCGUGUCAAGCCUGGAGUCGGCAGCAUUGCCAGCAUCACACGUGGCGAUGACGACUUUGGAUCGCAGGGUUGGUCGUGGAGACGUACUACUCUGCGUAGUCUGAUGCUUCUGUUGCUGCUUGAUCAGGCGAAGGAUGCAGACAUCCUGCCUGGUUGCCUCUUCCAGUCAACAUCGUCAUUCAAGACGUCCGUUGAUGUGCUCCACCAGCUCUCGACCAUACUUCUCCCAUCGCAUGGGGACAUCACACGACCGCUUGGCCACCUGAACUACAAAGUCGAACACAUUCAGUACCCACUCCAAGAGUUCAUCUAUCACAUCGAGAACAUCGCCAUCGAUCUUCGUGACGGUAUCAUCCUUACCCGCCUUGUAGAACUACUCCUUUACCCGUCCAGCACGCUCGCUACACAGCACGACGAUACCAUCACCAUCGCCAUGCCCACCGGCGAGCUCCUGACUUCAGACAUCACGCAGAAGGACAGCUGGGUGCUGUCGCAACACCUCAAAUACCCAGCCAUCGGCCGCCCCCAGAAAGCUUACAACGUGCAAGUUGCCCUCUCCGCCCUCGAAGGCGUCCAUGGUCUCCCUAGCCAAGCGGUCGGCACCAUCUCAGCUGCCGAGAUUGUCGACGGCCACCGCGAAAAGACACUCAGCCUCCUUUGGUCUCUCGUUGGCAAACACGGGCUAGCGAGCUUGGUUGACUGGCCACACAUUGCAAAAGAAACAGAACACUUCAGAGAGCAGUGGUACAUGCGCCGGAACAAGUUCGAAGAAGACGAUCUGGACUCUGAUAGCGAGUCCGAUACUCCGGCAUCAGACGGAUUAGAUCAUCACACCAGCUUGUUGUUAGACUGGGCAAGAGCCAUCGCGCGACUACACGGCAUUCACGUCGCCAACCUCACGACCUCUUUCGCGGACGCAAAGGUCCUCGAAUGUAUCGUAGACACAUACCUCCCAUCGUCACUCACCGCCACACUCUCCGCUUCGACCGGUCUGGCAGCGAAACUGAAAGCAGUGGGCUGCUCCACAUCCUUCAUCAGCUUAUUCAUGCCUCAACACGCCUCAGCCCGCUCGAUCCCAAGUAAAGACUUCACACUCCUCACCCUCUCCUUCCUGGCUAGCAGACUCCUGCCGAUGAGCGCCAAACACCGCGCCGCCUCUACCAUCCAGGCUGCGUUCCGACGACACUUGGCGAGGAGGAAUAUCUCGGCUCGCAUCAAGGCGAUGGUGCUAGCGCACGAAUCGGCGGUCGUUGCGCAAGCACGCCAGCGCAUGGUGGACGCCGCGACGGUGUUUCAACGACGGUGGAGGGGCAUUCUGGAUGCGAGGCAGAAGCAGCUCGAGAGCGAUGUGCUGGCGUUCCAGGCGCUGGCGAGGGGGUGGGCGAUUAGAAGGUGGGUACGACGUAUCACGGCGGGGCGCGUGGGUGGCAAGGAGAAGGUUAGGAGGGCCAGGGGUGGGUGGUAGGUUGUCUGGUUGUGGGAGUUGGGGUUGUAAAGGUCGUUGGGCGCUGUUGGGACACCCUUGUAAUCGUGAUGUAGCGCGUGGAUGAGUUUGCUUUCUUGUCCUUCAUUGUUAGAUACCUUUGUCCGUUUCGUCCGCGUAGAUCCGACCGUUCUCGAAUACACUCAGU